AUGUUGGAUAAGGACAAGGCAGAGGAAGAGCGAUCGAAGGAUGAUUAUGACACCGCCGUGCCCGGGGACCUCAUUACGCGGGCGAAGAGGCGGCAGACAACAGGUAGUGCUGACGACGCCGGAGGCGAGGCAGUUGGGACACCGCGAGGCGCCAAGGAAGCUAGUGGCAAGGCGGGCGGUCAAGCAUUGCGCCAGAAGAGCCGACCCGCAGCAAGAAAAGCAUCCGGUGGAAGGAGAGGCAAGAAAGCAGCGACGGGAACAAAGCCAAAACGGGGCGAUGAAGACCGCGGUGAUGCGGAGGAGGAGGAGGAUGAGGAGGAGGAUGCGGAGGGAGAGGAGGAUGAAGAGGAAGCGGAGGAGGAUGACACGGAUGUUGGGGAGGAUGAAAAAGAUGAGAAUGAUGGCGGGGAGGACGAAGAGGAGGAGGAGGAGGAGGAUGAGGAGGAGGAGGAGGAGGAGGAGGAGGAGGAGGAGGAGGAGGAGGAGGAGGAGGCAGAGGAGGAGGAGGAGAAGGAGGAGGAGGAGGAGGAGGAGGAGGAGGAGGACGAGGACGAGGAGGAGGAGGAGGAGGAGGAGGAGGAGGAGGAGGAGGAGGAGGAGGAGCAGGUUGACGACGAGGAGGAGGAUGUGGAGGAGGAGGAGGAGGAGGAGGAGGAGGAGGAGGAGGAGGAGGAGGAGGAGGAGGAGGCAGCGGAGGAGGAGGAGGAGGAGGAGGAGGAGGAGGAGGAGGAGGAGGAGGAGGAGGAGGAGGAGGAUGUGGCGCCAGUGAAGGGACGGGGCGGGCGUGGCAGACGGCACGAGCAUUUUGUUACACGGGAGGAGUUCCAGGCGCUGCGGUCUGAGAUCUACGCCAUGUUUGCACAGCUCGGCCUGCGUCGUGGAGUACCUGCCAGCUAUGCCAGCGGGUCGGCAGCCCUGCCUAUGGCUGGUACCCCGCCGCCGAUGAGCGCCGUGGACAAGGCACGAGUGCUAGUGUUGCAGGAGACAAACCCAUUCCCGGUGGGUGGGGGUGACGUGGCUCUUGGUGGGGGGUGUGACGUGGCAAGUAGGGCGGGUUGUUGGCGGAUGCAAAAGGGUGUGACGUGGCAGAAUGUGAGGGUUGGGGCUGACGUGGCAGUUUGGAAUGGUACACGGGAGCGGCGCGUUACGAGGCGACGCGUGUCAGGUGGGUGGGGGGUGACGUGGCAUGGGGUGGGAGGGUGUGACGUGGCACGUGGGGCUGGUUGUUGGUGGACGUGGCGGAUGCAGGAGGGUGUGACGUGGCACGUGGGGCUGGUUGGUGGACGUGGCGGACCGGAGGGUGUGACGUGGCGGAACGUGAGGGUUGGGGAUGACGUGGCGGAUGCAGGUGGGUGUGACGUGGUGGAAGGUGAGGGUUGGGGAUGA